AGAGCAGUUGGACUGUCAUGUUUGUAAUUUAGAGGCGCACAAGGUUUUAUAAACGCGAUCGAGCUUUUCCGUUCUUCAGUUCGAUGAAUAAGCAUGUUUGCAUUUCUUUCACCUGGAAAAAGAAAAUAACAGACUCAAUUCUUCCGCUCAUUUCAAGGUGAAGGGGAUUAUGAAUGAUAUCAAAGUUGCGCUUUUGGGGAGCGAAGGAGCCGGGAAGUCGGCUGUCCUGGUGCGUUUCUUAACAAAAAGAUUCAUUGGUGAAUAUGCAUCAGAUGCAAGUUCCUUAUACCAUAAAAGACUUUCAGUUGAUGGCAGGCAGUUGAAUCUAGAAGUGUAUGACCCAAGCCCCAGGAAUGGUGAAAAACAAUGCAUCUUAGAAGAACUAUUGGAAUGGGCCGAUGGAUUUAUAGUGGUUUAUAACAUCAGUGACCGUGCCUCCUUUAUCGCUGCCAAAGAAAUUGUGCACCAGAUCAAGACAACCCUAAUGGAUGUCUCUAAAGGUGAAGUGCCCAUUUAUCUAAUUGGAAACAAGCAGGAUCUUUGCCAUGCCAGACAGGUCUUUGAAGAAGAAGCUCGCUUACUUGCCAUGGAAAACAAAUGCCAAUUUCAGGAAGUCUCUGCUGCCGAACAAUAUCAGGAAAUCUUUAGCAUGUUCAUAAACCUGAUGCGGCACAUAAUGGAGCGGCUGAAGUACAGAGCAGACCGGAGGAGAUACAGUGGUUCAAAAUCUAUGGUCAAACUCAUAAAUAAUGUUUUUGGUAGAAGAAGAAAGUCAGUGUGAAUCUGAUGUAAGACAUGAACAGUUCCUGCAAGUUUUUGAAAAAGGGAAGUGAGAAGCAGGCAUGGCAAAGAUGUAAAAGAUGCCAUUUUUUGUAGGUAGUGAAUCAACUGUUAAGUUUUCUUGACUAUGCAGUUUUUUACACAAAUUAGACUUGUAAAAAGUUUGUUAAUGUACGUUCAUUAAUCUCCACUUUUUUCUUGUUUUGAUUAAAGCAUUAAUA